AUGGUCAGCGAAUAUGUUGUCGAGAUCUUCAAGUACAUGAAGCAGACCGAGCUUAUAACACUUCCUAAUCCGAAAUACAUGGCAUCGCAAAAAGAGCUGGCCUGGUCGAUGCGUGGAAUCCUUCUCGAUUGGCAGACUGUGUUCCUCUGCGUGAACAUUGUCGAAAGGUUCUUGUCAGCAUGCGUCGUCUCCCUCGCUAAACUUCAACUCAUGGGCAUUACGUGUCUCUCCAUUGCUUCCAAAGUUGGAGAAAUUGUCGCACCAUCCAUCUCGCACUUCCUUCACUGUGUGGACUCAUCCUACACUGAAUCCAAUAUCCUUCUCGCAGAGCGGUACAUCCUCAAAACAAUCGAUUGGAACUUGAGCUAUCCAAACCCGAUGCACUUCCUGCGCCACACACGCAAAUCAGAUGAUCACGAUGGGGAAACACUGGAGUGGCGGUUGCUGGCCACACCACCUUCCCUGGUGCUGCUGCGCCGACCUGGUCGGGACACCUCAUUCUCGGCAAUGAUAAAUGGGUAA